CGCUUUUGAUAUCUUCCCCUAAUACCCCCUUUACCGCUAUAGCAUUCUCUGAGGUUUAAAGGCUUAAAAGGUCGUCUUCUUCUGCCGAACCUGCAAAUCAUCAAUGUCGAUUUCUCAGGAGCUAUACCCUAGUCAGGAUGACCUGCUCUAUGAAGAAGAAAUUCUCAGGAAUCCUUUCAGCUUGAAGUUAUGGUGGAGGUACUUAAUCGCACGGAGCGAAGCUCCAUUCAAGAAGCGAGCCGUAAUCUACGAGAGAGCUCUAAAAGCUCUACCCGGGAGUUACAAGCUCUGGUACGCUUACCUUCGAGAGCGACUCGAAAUCGUUCGAAAUCUUCCAAUCACCCAUUCCCAGUACGAAACCCUCAACAACACAUUCGAACGAGCUCUUGUCACAAUGCACAAGAUGCCUCGGAUCUGGGUCAUGUACCUUCAAAGCUUGACGGAACAGAAGCUCCUCACUCGAACACGUCGCACCUUCGAUAGAGCUCUUUGUGCUCUCCCUGUCACCCAGCACGACCGAAUUUGGGAGCCCUACCUUGUAUUUGUCAGCCAGAAGGGCGUCCCGAUUGACACAUCGCUUAGGGUUUAUCGCCGCUACUUGAAAUUCGAUCCAACACACAUUGAGGAUUUCAUUGAAUUUCUUAUCAAUUCUGAAAAAUGGCAGGAGGCGGCGGAGAGGUUAGCUGGGGUGUUGAAUGAUCCUCAGUUUUACUCGAUUAAGGGCAAGACAAAGCACCAGUUGUGGCUCGAGCUCUGUGACUUGCUUGUCAAUCAUGCCACCGAGGUUUCAGGGUUGAAGGUGGAUGCGAUAAUUCGCGGCGGGAUUAGGAAGUUCACGGAUGAGGUUGGGCGGCUAUGGACUUCCCUCGCAGACUAUUAUAUUCGGAGAGGACUCCCUGAGAAGGCAAGGGAUAUUUUCGAGGAGGGAUUGAUGACUGUGGUCACUGUGAGAGAUUUUAGUGUGAUAUUUGAUGCUUACUCUCGGUUUGAAGAGAGUAUGAUUGCUUAUGUGAUGGAAAGCUUGGAAGAGUUAGGCAUUAGCGAGGACCCUGCUGUCGACGAGGGAGAUGGUGGUGAUGCAUUUGAUAGUGAUGUGCGACUUGAUGACAAGCUUUCGAAGCACAAGUUUGAGGAAAAGAUUUUUCGUGGGUUUUGGCUUAAGGACAAGUAUGAUGUCGAUUUGCGGUUGGCUCGAUUGGAGCAUCUCAUGGAUAGAAGGCCCGAGCUUGCUAACAGUGUUCUUCUCCGGCAGAAUCCCCACAAUGUUGAACAGUGGCAUCGAAGGGUGAAGCUUUUUGAGGGUAAUCCAACUAAGCAGAUACUGACUUACACAGAAGCUGUGAGGACCGUGGACCCCAUGAAAGCUGUUGGGAAACCUCAUACAUUGUGGGUUGCUUUUGCUAAGCUGUACGAGAACCAUAAGGAUGUUGCUAAUGCUAGAGUCAUUUUUGACAAGGCUGUACAAGUCAACUACAAAACGGUGGAUAAUCUAGCCAGUGUUUGGUGUGAAUGGGCCGAAAUGGAACUGAGACACAAGAACUUUAAAGGGGCAUUAGAGCUAAUGAAGCGUGCCACUGCAGAACCCACAGUUGAGGUCAAACGGAGAGUUGCUGCUGAUGGAAAUGAGCCGGUCCAGAUGAAGCUGCAUAAGUCCUUGAGGCUAUGGACAUUUUAUGUGGAUUUGGAGGAGAGCCUGGGGACGUUGGAUUCCACUCGUACAGUUUAUGAGCGCAUACUUGAUUUGAGGAUAGCAACUCCACAGAUUAUAAUCAAUUAUGCAUUGCUUCUGGAGGAACACAAGUACUUUGAAGAUGCAUUCAAAGUAUAUGAAAGAGGUGUAAAAAUAUUUAAGUAUCCACAUGUAAAGGAUAUAUGGGUAACCUAUCUCUCUAAAUUUGUCAAAAGAUAUGGCAAAACAAAGUUGGAACGAGCAAGAGAGUUGUUUGAGAAUGCUGUUGAAAAGGCACCUGGUGAAGAUGUGAAACCACUAUAUCUACAAUAUGCGAAACUCGAGGAGGAUUAUGGUCUAGUAAAACGUGCAAUGAAAGUUUAUGACCAAGCUGUAAAGGCUGUCCCAGACAAUGAGAAAAUGAGCAUGUAUGAAAUUUACAUAGCCCGUGCCACCGAGAUUUUUGGUGUUCCAAAGACAAGGGAGAUAUAUGAGCAAGCCAUAGAAUCUGGUCUCCCACACAAAGAUGUUAAGACCAUGUGCAUGAAGUAUGCUGAGCUAGAGAAGAGCUUGGGAGAAAUUGAUCGUGCUCGUGCAAUAUAUGUAUACACUUCUCAGCUUGCAGAUCCACGAUCUGAUGGUGAUUUCUGGAACAAAUGGCAUGAGUUUGAGGUGCAACAUGGAAAUGAAGACACCUUCCGAGAAAUGCUCCGUAUCAAGCGUACUGUUUCUGCCACUUAUAGUCAGACACAUUUUAUCCUUCCUGAGUACUUGAUGCAAAAGGAUCAAAAGCUUAGCCUUGAGGAAACUGUUGACACAUUGAAGCGAGCUGGUGUUCCUGAAGAUGAAAUGGCUGCUUUAGAAAAGCAGUUAGCCCCUGCUGAAGCUAAUGCACCUGGUAAAGAUAGUAAUAGAAAACUGGGCUUUGUGAGUGCAGGAGUAGAAUCACAACCUGGGGUCAUCCAUACACCUGAUGGAGGCAGGAAGGUAACUGCAAAUAGCGAGGACAUUGAGUUGCCAGAGGAGAGUGAUUCUGAGGAUGAUGAAAAAGUUGAAAUUGCCCAGAAAGACGUUCCGGCUGCAGUUUUUGGUGAUUUGGCAAAAAAAGUGGAGACUGAUAAUGAUGCCAAAGAUAAAGAAAGUGAAGGUCAUCUUGGUGCCCUUGAAAGAAUAAAGAGGCAAAGACGGGCUUAGUUUCCAUGUUGUAUGAUGAAAGUAAGAUUAAUCACGAAGUUUUGACUCUGUAUCCUAAGCUAACCAGCUUUAUCAGUUUGAGCUGCCUGUUUGUAGUUCUAUCACAUUGUUGUUCAAGGUGUAAAUAUUCGGAAGCUUCGUCUGUACAUAUGAAGCUUUUUCACCUUCUUUGCAGAAUUAAUGAAAAUGGUAUAGUAAUUUAGGUUUGCAUUGUGUAGGAU